AUGGAUGACCUUCCAUUCACAUAUGACGAUGAAAACGAAGAGAAUGAAGCAAUUGACUGUCCGAUUUGCUAUUGCCCAUUGAUCGAUCCAGUGGAGCACUCUUCACAGAACUCACAGUGCAGUCAGUUAUUCUGUCGACAGUGUGUAGAGAAACAGAAGCGAUGUCCCUUCUGUCGAUACGACGUUCAGCACUGGAAUGACGUGCUGCUGACACCUUCAACACAGCGCUUCUUGUUCAGACCUCUAUCAGAAGUAAAGGUCACCUGUAAGGUCUGCUUAAAGUCUACGACCAGAAAGGAUAUUGUAGACCAUGUUCAAUCAUGUUCAAUUGUACUACCACCUGGACUGAUACCCAAGGUUAAGCCAAUGAAUGGCAAUAACAACAGCAACAACAACAGCAGUGGCAACACAACAUCUUUUAUAACACCUCUAAUUGAUUUCACCAGGAGGAUGUUUGCGAAUGAUGCCCCACAGAAUGCCAACAAUAUUAACAACAACAAUAAUAAUAAUAAUAAUAACAACAACAAUAGUACAUCUAAUCCACCAAUACCCAAUAAUCCUCAACCUCUUCCAACUCCGCAAUCAACCGCGAUAGCCCCACCUUUGACAAGCCUCGAGAGGCCACCAACACAAACUACAUCAUCCAAUCCUAUAACAAAUCUAACUAUACAUCCAACACCUCCAGCCCUUCCAACACCUCCAGCCCUUCCAACACCACCUCAGAACUCUUUCUAUCCCUCCAGUACGAUCUUUCCACCCUCGAUGUAUCACUACCAGACCUACACACCUCCUGCCUCUUACAUGCCAACAUCACCAUACCAACCCAACGGACCACCAACCUAUCAAUAUCCUCCACGACCUUCCUCAUAUCUAUACCCCAACCUUCAUAGCAAUCCAUCUGUACUACAAUCCUUCCAUCAACCUUUACACACGAGUUUGAUGCCAAACGUCAAUACAUUCUCGCCAGCAGCAUCAUCCACCACCAAUGCCAACAACAGUAUAUCCAACAUCAAUGUCAAAGCGGCCAAGUCAACGAUACCAUCUGAUUUCCAACAUGUCUAUCUCAACACCUCGCCACCAAAACUCAACGAGAAGUACAGCAACAGAUCAUUCAUUGGCUCUGUCUUUAUGUGCGAAGUGUACAAUCACUGUCAGUUCGACAAUGUCAAGCUCAACAGCACUCGCAUCAAUAGCACUCAGUUCAUUGAGUGCACCUUUAGUAAUUGUGAAUUUAUUGGCGCUUCUUUUGUCAAUUGCACCUUUACCAAUUGCAAGCUCUCCAACUGCAACAUGUCAAACGCAGUGCACAAUAAGACCAACUUGAUCGACACCAACAUUGACAACCUCAAUGGCUUCCAAUCAACAUUUGAGGCAUGCAUCUUUGCACACUGCAAGCUCGACAAUCUCAACGUCACCCGUGCAACACUCACUGGCACCCUGCUCAAGUUCACCAAGCUCAACAAUGUGAAGUUGGCAAACUCCAACCUUUUGCAUACCAACUUCCCAAACUCCACUCUCAUCAACGUGUCAUUAGAGGAAUGUGUCAUUUCAAGUCACUCUCUUAAUGGAGUUAAAAAACAGAGCAAUGUACGAACAGAUAGACUAAGGAUCAUUUAA